AUGAAGACCACAAUGGAUGAGAACACGCCGCUAAAUCCCAGUCCAAGCGACCAAGCAGAUGAUCCAGAGAGAGGGAAAGGUUCAAAAGAAGAUGGAAAAUCACCAGUGGACCGCCUAUUUUUCACUGUUGCUCUCUUAGGGUCUUUCCUUGCCUACACUGACGAAACAUUUGUUCUAUCGAUUCACACGGAGAUUGCAUCCCAGUUUAAUCACGCUUCCCUGGGACCCUGGCUUAUCGCCGGCUACAAUUUGGGUUACAUCAUCACAUUUCCAUUGUAUGGGCGAAUUUGCGAGGUUUAUGGUUACAAGUUCCCUCUCCUGGCCGCAUAUCUCAUGUUCGCUGCCGGGUGUAUGACUACUGGCGUGUCGAGAUCGAUCUGGGUUGCGAUUAUUGGCAGAUUUAUCGCUGGCGCUGGUGGAUCUGGCAUGAAUGACUUGAUCAGUGUCAUUCUGAAUGGUGAUAGCCCCGAUACAAUUUGCAUAGGCAUCCGACUGACCGCAUACUAG